AACAGCAUAGACAUUACUGCAAGACUUAGGUUUUAAGCAUUCCCUUUUACGUAUUUAUACUAACACAACUACCGAGAGUAUCUAUCGUCAAAUAUCUUCCUUGAACUAUCCUUUUGCUUAACCAAAAUUAACAUGUCUAUUGACCACACAUUCAAUGAGAUAGACAUAACAAAACCACCUCCACCAGUGGAUGAUUCUUUUCCACAUCCUAAGCUUUUGGAACAGCUGCGCCUCGCCGACGAAUGCCUUGUACGACAUUUUUUGUCGACGUUAGCCGCUAAAAAUGCAUCAGAUGAUGGUAGGGCGCGUUCUACGAUCGCUCCCAUGGUCAUACCCGCGUACCGGCAGGAGCUUUGCACGGCGCUAGAAGUGCUGAAAAAUCUUGAACAUUCUCAUAUGGUUCUGAAGGCGCUAUCGCAAGCAGAAAAUAGCCUAAAUACAGAGUGGAAUGACGAGUUAGCUCGAACGGAACAAUUACAGGGUAUGCUGUUGAGCAUGCUAGAUCGACUGGAGGAUACCGAUAGGAUGCAUCAUCUAACCAACAAAUUAGCGAAUCGUAGAAAAAAACGAGCCUGGCAGAAACGACGAAACGCCCGUCUUAGAGAGAAUCAAGCAGCGGAGCAGGCUGCACGGGUGCAACGGCUGUUAGAAAUAUCCAUGUGGGAAACGCAGUGGAAAGAACGGUUGGAACAGGAACGAAUCGCCCGUAAAGACUCUGAGACCCAAGCGCUCAUACUAAACAACGUACGACGUCGUAAGGCCAAAGCAAAACGCUUUCUACAGAGGUUUGAAAAAACUCUUCAGUUAUAUCAACAGCGAUACGAUGCAAAAGAAGAGGGAGACGAUCAUCGAAUAGAACAUAAAUUCCGUAACAAAAUAACAUCCCUCAUCACCCAGUGGAAAGAAAAACUUGACUUAUGCAUUAAAGAAGAAAAACAUCUGAAGGACGCGUUGGCCCGUCGGUCUGUUGGUAACGAGUGUCGCCGACGUCAAAACCGCUGGCGUAAGGCACUAUUUGGCAGCGCAGCGAUGGCUAAGCUGUCUAGUAGCGACCAAUCCAAGAAAGAUCGUUGGCGAAACAUGUUCGCAACGCGUUGGGCCUGGGAUCAGUUUGCCGUACCAACCGGUGAGGAUCUGCAUGGAUGCUCCAGUGUUGUUCCUUCUGCUUGGAAUUUGCCACCUGAGUUCCCGACAGCCGAGUGGGCGGUGUACCAGGAGGUGGAAAAGACUAAAAAAAGAAAAAAAUGUACAUUCAUUCAGGAUAAUUCACGAACUUAAAAUACAGAUUUGAGCAAACAUUUGAUUAUUUCUAUAUCAAUAAACCAUUGUUACACUUAUCCUGAAUGAAUCACUUAUCACUGUUGGGUCAUGAAAGGACUAGAGACAAAUAUGUCGAACGCUAUUAGCGCUAUCUGAAUUUAAAUUUGUCAUCUACGCAUCUGUACCAAUUUCAUAAUAUCCUGGUCUUUCUUUCGUUAAAAGAAAAUAUACGGUAUGCGUUUCGUUGCUAGCAGCUAAUCAAUCAUUCUUAAAUCAUCGGAAACUUAUUCAAUAAAAAAUAUAUGUCGCGACGAU